UUUAGGUAUAUUUACUCCUAAGUAAAUAAAUCAUUCUUUAUAUAUAUUAGUAUUAUGUUUUACAUAAAUUAUUAUUAUACUUUAUCAUUAUUAUUAUUUUUUAUUUAUUUAUUAUUUUACUACAUUUAGUACAUUAUAUGUGCUUAUUUAAAAAAAAUUAAAAGAAAUUAAACUUAAUUAAAAGAAGGCCUAUCAAACUUAAACCAAAAAAAAAAAAGACAAAACAGUUAAAACGUUGUGUCCAUUGGGCCAAUUCUCUAAACUCAAAUCCUUUCUUAAAUUUAUCCGUAGGUGCGGUCAUACGGAACGCAGCUUCUCAAUAUUGAUAGGUGUUUCGUAGUUUGCUUAGUACGUGAAGGUGCGUGCUUUUGUUUGCUUAUUCUUAACUGUGAUUUUGAUAGGAGACCCGUGGUUAAACAGGUCUAUGUUAGGAGGGGAAAGGGAGUUAGUUAGUUAAUAACUAACUGAUAAUAGUCUGUGGGGACUGUUAUAUUGUAUAAAUAGGAGGACAUAAGGGGAGAGGGGUGUGGAACAAUAGUGGGCACUCUUGAAUUUGCCUAGUGUACUGAAUCCGAUUGAAUGUUAUCGUGGCUCAGCAAGGGGGUCAAUAAAAACCUUGCAGACAUCCUUUUUUUUUUUUUUGUUCCAUCCCUUCACUUCUCUCUUUUUACCAGUUGAUUCUAUCAACUAGUAUCAGAGCAGUUACGAACCUGAGGCGAUCAAGGAUGGAAAAGAAAAUGGAGUUCCGGUUGGAGCAGGUGUAAAAGGGCUUGCAGGACAUACAGAAACUCUUGGCGGAGGAAACUGAAUGGCGGCGUAACAUCGAGGGGGCGAUGCGCGAGAUGCUGGAGCAGUUGAAGGAAAUGCGAGUGACUAUGGGGAUAGUGGGAGGUAACGGUCGUGAAGGGGACGAAGAGUCUGGGGCCCCAAGAACGGAAAAGAAUGGGUGAAAGUGGCGAAACCUGGAACUUCCGUUGUUCCAGGGGGAUGACGUGUUGGGAUGGGUCGGAAAGAUGGAGAGAUAUUUCAGAUUGAAGGGGGUAUGGGAGGACGAGAAGGUGGAGGUUGCUAUGGUGGCAUUGCAAGGGAAGGUGGUGGCGUGGUUUCAAUGGUGGGAAGGCAGAAAUCAAAAUGCUUCGUGGACGGGGUUCAAAGGGGCAUUGUUGAGACGAUUUCAGCCCGAGGUGGUACAGAACCCUUUCGAGGUGUUGUUGGGCCUUAAGCAGGAAGGGAGUGUAGUGGAUUACAUUGUGAUGACUUAGUUUCUAUCAUAUUAUUAUUUAUUUAGAUUGAUUUGGAAAGUGAUACCAUCCUCUUUUUCUUGUUUUGUUUGAAGCCAGCACCUUUGGCAUGAUACAGGUUAGCAAAUAUGAGUGAAGAGUCUGAUUCUAAAGUAGAGUUAGAGGCUAUGGAUCUGUUGAAUCAGUUGGAGGAUAUCCUCGAAUCUGAUGCUCUAAUUGACGAGUUGGGAUUUAUUCAUCCAUCCCAAUUUGCCUUGCUAAAUGAAGAAUCAGACAUUUCGUCUAAUUUAUCUGAUGGGGCUAUGAAUCAAUCAGCAGACAGGGUAGCAAGCUCUGAGGAAUCUUCCAAACCAAAAAACCUAUAUUUCUGGCACAGAGAUCAUAAAUUGGGAAUUUCAACUAAUGUUAUUCUACCGCUAUAUAGAGCUGCUAAACAUGUGUUUAUGACUACAAUCAAAGAAUACAAGAUGUGUGACAAUCAAUCUGACAAAUUUGGAAAUUGUUUAACUGCUUCCUCUUCUUGUGACCAUCUUGAUAGUAUACUUCUGAGACACAGCAAGUCUCUUCUACUGCUAAGCUGUGAUUUUAUCACUGCUUGGAAUCACAGGUUCUCCUCUUAUCUGUUAAUAUUUUUUUAUACUUCUUUUGUUGACAUCUAUAAGUGAACAUCAUAACUUGAC